AUGCAAGAGGAUAAGAAAAUGAAAGUGAAGAAAGGAUGGCUGGCAGUUCAAGUAGGUUUAGAGGAAGAAGAAGAAGGCGGUUCAUCUUCUCAGAAAUUCCUCAUCCCUAUCUCUUAUCUUUACCAUCCACUUUUCAAGACUCUUCUCGACGAAGCUUACGAUGUUUAUGGCUACCACACCAAUGGUCCUCUCAAGCUUCCGUGUUCUGUUGAUGAUUUUCUUCAUCUCCGUUGGCGAAUCGAGAAGGAAUCGAGUCAUCAUAGUCAACAUAACGUUAACCAUCAUCAGCAUCGUCUUCCUCAUGCUCUGAUUUUUCAUUCUUGUUGA